UGUUUAUCCAAUUGAUGGAUGGGGGCCGGCUCGUGAAAGGAUACGUAGAUAUCCAUUAAAAAAAAAUUGAAUCAAAAGGAUAUUGGAUUAUUAGAGUUUUUCACGUGCAGCCCUCCCUGUUACUUUCCUCCAAUUGAAGUGGCUUUUGAGCUUUUUCUUCUCCAUUGGAAGCGUCGCUGUCUAAUUAUUGGAGGAUUUUGAAGUUUGUGUUGGUUUUUUCUUCAAUGGCCACUUCUGAGGGUAUUAUGCAAAAUUUUUGUGGAAUUUCUCCUUAUCGUAUUGGCACCAGUUACAUCAGCAAUUAUGAUUCAUCAGUAUUUUCAAAAUCUUAUAGAAAAUCUGUUUUGAAACGGGGUUUAAGAUUUUCCCAAGCUGUGCAAUGUUCCAGUUUGCAAAAUGUUAAAUUUGGGUUUGGAGGGUUAAGUGGUGGCUUGUAUGAAGUUGCAACACAUCGAUCUAGGUCCUCAAUCUUCUGCUGUAAAUCUGCUGAAAGUGUUAAAGAGUCAGCUCCGGUGGAUGGUAAUGGAACUUGGUAUGUUGAUGAUGCAAAAAACCUACAUCCCAUUAAUAGUGUGGUGAAUGGGUCAAAUACUCUAGAAGAUGUUCAACAGCUGCAAGGUGAAAAAGAAGUUACUCUAUCUGACAGGAACUUAGUUUCGGCAGAGACUGAAAUAGCUGCAAGGGACGAUAGCACUGUCGACCCUAUUGAGGAGGAAGCAUGGGAGCUCUUACGAGAAUCUGUUGUCAAUUAUUGUGGUAGCCCUGUUGGAACAAUUGCUGCUAAUGAUCCUACUAGUUCUGAUGCCUUAAAUUAUGAUCAGGUCUUUAUUCGAGACUUUAUACCAUCUGCAAUGGCUUUUCUUCUGAAAGGAGAGUAUGAAAUUGUGCGCAACUUCCUCCUUCACACACUUCAGCUUCAGAGCUGGGAGAAAACAAUGGAUUGCCAUAGUCCUGGUCAAGGAUUGAUGCCUGCUAGUUUCAAGGUUCGCACUGUUCCUUUGGAUGGUGAUGAAUUUGCAACAGAAGAGAUUCUGGACCCUGACUUUGGAGAAGCAGCGAUUGGGCGUGUGGCACCUGUUGAUUCUGGGCUUUGGUGGAUUAUACUUUUACGUGCCUAUGGAAAAUGCUCUGGAGAUCUGUCUCUUCAGGAAAGAGUUGAUGUGCAGACUGGAAUGAAGAUGAUUUUAAGAUUAUGUCUUGCAGAUGGCUUUGAUAUGUUCCCAACCUUGUUGGUUACUGAUGGUUCAUGCAUGAUAGACCGUCGCAUGGGAAUUCAUGGGCAUCCUUUAGAAAUACAGGCACUUUUUUAUUCUGCAUUACGCUGUUCUCGUGAAAUGCUUGCUCCAGAAGAUGGAUCAACAGACCUAAUACGUGCUUUGAACAAUCGUUUGGUUGCAUUAGCUUUUCACAUCAGGGAAUAUUAUUGGGUUGAUAUGAAGAAACUUAAUGAGAUUUAUCGUUACAAGACUGAAGAAUACUCAUAUGAUGCUGUCAACAAAUUUAAUAUAUACCCUGAUCAGAUCUCUCCUUGGCUAGUGGAAUGGAUGCCAGGUAAAGGAGGUUAUCUAAUUGGUAACUUGCAACCAGCGCACAUGGAUUUUCGAUUUUUCUCGCUGGGUAACCUUUGGUCUGUGGUAAGUGGCCUUGCAACAAAAGAUCAAUCCCAUGCCAUUUUGGACCUCAUUGAAGCCAAAUGGGCAGACCUCGUGGCAGACAUGCCGUUGAAGAUAUGUUAUCCUGCUCUUGAAGGUCAGGAGUGGCAAAUCAUCACUGGCUGUGAUCCCAAGAAUACGCCCUGGUCCUAUCACAAUGCUGGCUCCUGGCCGACAUUGCUUUGGCAGCUUACUGUUGCAUGUAUUAAGAUGAAUAGACCUGAAAUAGCAGCUAAGGCUGUUCAGAUAGCCGAGAAACGCUUAUCCCAAGACAAGUGGCCAGAGUAUUAUGACACAAAAAGAGCAAGGUUUAUUGGUAAGCAAGCCCGAUUAUUCCAGACAUGGUCAGUUGCAGGAUAUCUUGUUGCAAAGCUACUCCUUGCCAACCCAAAUGCAGCCCGGAUGCUAAUUAGUGAUGAGGAUUCUGAACUCGUCAAUGCCUUUUCUUGCAUAAUUGGAGCUAACCCUAGAAGAAAACGUGGUCAAAAGAGUUUAAAGAAGACUUUCAUAGUAUGAAACAAUAACAGCUUUCAUCUUGGAGUACGGCUAAUGGUGUUUGAGACAUGCCCGGUCACCAAUAUAUAUUUGGUAUCCAGUUUUUGAUGCCAAGAAUCCUAUUAAAUACAUAGAGAGGCUUAUUCACUUGUUACUAGUAAAUUUUGUGUAGAUUUGGAUAUUUUAUGUAAAUAUUUGAAAACUCAUUAUUAUGUAUAUAUGGCUUACAGCAUAUUGUCAUGGGACACGCUCUAAUGAUUAUGUAUCUGUAUGAUGUCAACACUUUGGAGAUGUUUUGAGCUUUCAAGAGUUGUGUGGAUGCUUGGAUACAAUAAGGUGCUCAGCAAACACUAAAAACCUAAAAAGCAUAUAUGUAGAGUGGUUUCAAACGACUAUCUAUUGCAUAUUUGUUGUACUAACCGAAUUAUGCAUGCCAAUUCGAAAGGUGAAUCGUUUUAC